AGAUUCUCAUCAGAAUAAAGAUGGCAGAAAUCAGUUCUCCUGCAAAUAUCAAAGAAAAGAUCAAUGCAGUUCGAUCUAUUGUUCCUAACAAAAGCAAUAAUGAAAUAGUUCUGGUGUUACAGCAGUUUGAUAACAAUGUAGACAAAGCAGUUCAAGCUUUUAUGGAUGGUAGUGCAGUUCAGGUACUAAAAGAAUGGAAUAUGACAGGGAAAAAGAAGAACAAUAAAAGGAAAAGAAGCAAAUCUAAACAGCAUCAAGGCAAUAAAGAUCCUAGAGAAAAGAAUGAUAGAACUGAAAAGGUUUCACUAGAACCCCAAGAGAUAUAUGGCUGCCAUUUGAAUGGAUGUGACAAGGAUAACUCUUCCAUUGACUCUGCCAAUGAAAAACCAGAAGUCAUUUCUCAGGAGGACAAAAGCUGUGGAUUCGAGGAGGUGGUACAAACACAUCCAGAAAUUACAGAAAAAAACCUGGAGCACAAAAGAAUAUCUGUAGAUUUAAACCAAAAGUCAUCAGUUCAACCUCAGUGUAAUGAAGGCAGACCAAAGUUAAAAACAUCCACUAAUAAAUCAUCCAUUCCUGCAGCCCAUCUUGAAAAGAAACCAGACGAUUCAAUGAAGAAAAGAGGUCCAAACAUUGAAAAAUCUGUGAAAGAUUUGCAACGUUGCACAGUUUCUUUAACUAGAUACCGCAUGAUGAUCAAAGAGGAAGUAGAUAAUUCAGUGAAGAAAAUCAAAGCUGCUUUUGCUGAAUUACACAGCUGCAUCAUAGACAAAGAAGUGUCAUUAAUGGCAGAAGUUGAUAAAGUUAAAGAAGAAGCCAUGGAAAUCUUGACUGCUCGUCAGAAAAGAGCUGAGGAGCUAAAGAGACUGACAGACUUAGCUAGUCAAAUGGCUGAGACACAACUGGCUGAACUCAGGGCUGAAAUUAAGCACUUUGUGAGUGAACGCAAGUACGAUGAAGAGCUGGGUAGGUCUGCCCGGUUCUCCUGUGACAUAGAAGAGCUAAAGACCCAAAUUCAAUUCUGCGGAGAAAUUUCUCAUCCAAAGAACAGUUACUCCUCAAGAACACCAUGCAAUUCAGUGCUGCUGGCAGUGACUUCGCAUGUGGCAACUGGCAAGCAAAGUCCACACUCCCGAAAAUCCGCUAGUCACAUCAAGAACUUUGGUAAUAAAACGGCCAAUGUUAAAAUGCCAAGUCAUCUUAUCUCCAAUACCACAGAAUCAUCAACCCAAGUAACCCCAACAAAUAAACAGAAUGGGCCAUCAAGCCAGAGACGAAGAUUUAAUUCCCAGUAUCACGGCAUCCGGCACAGUGGGUCUGCCAAGUCACAAGGUCCCAGUAACGAAACAGAUCAAAAUAAUAUAAAAAGCAGUUCCAAAAAUGAACACAGAAGACAACAGCAUAAUAGUUUCAGACCUAAAAACAAAGGAGCUAUGAAAAAUCAAGACCAAUCCACAGCUACAAGGACCAUAGAAAAUCUAACACCUAUAGAAAAGACCCAAAGAAAGCAUUGUACACCAGAAAGCACAGAGCCAAGACAAUUCCACAGCAGUGUUGCUAGGGCAUCUCAGUGCAAUUUAUGCCCUGCAAGAAAAGAGGUCUCUGCUGAUGCCUCUGCUCUUUCAGUGCCAGCUGUGACUUUGGUGGCUUAAAUUCUAGCCAAGAAGAGACAGAGUAGGAUUUAUCUUUUUCCACUUCAGUUUCUUGCUCAAGGUGCUAGUUGAAAUGCCGACAAAAAUUAGUCUGUCAGAAAACAGAAUCAAUUUAAAUCACUUGCUGCUUAAAAAACUAUUUUUUUAUUAAUCCCAAAUAACCAGCAGCAGUUCACCUCAUACUUUCAAGGCUUUGCUCAAUAGCUCAAGAUUACUUUUGUCAAGACAAUGCGGCAUUUUAGCCAGUCAGUAUUUGCUUCUUAAAACAUCAAAUCUAGGUUGAAAAAAAUAAAUUGAAGAUUAAAUCCAUAGUAACAAGAUGCCUGCCAUUCACAUGUGGUUGUAUGAGUCCACUCUGUUGUUUUUAGAGUAGCUAUUGUUAGAAGAAACAACAGGAAGUUCACACAUCAUGGUCUGCAAUGAAAACAAACACUCUUAGGCUACAUCUACACUGCAGGCUUCUUGCGCAAGAACUUUUUGCGGAAGAGAUCUUCCACAAAACGUUCUUGCGCAAGAGUACAUCCACACUGCCAUAGACGCUCUUGUGCAAGAAAGCUCUGAUGGCCAUUCACAGAAUGGCCAUCAGAGCACCUGUGCUUUUUUUUUGUCCGUCCACACAUGCCUUUUUGUGCAAGAGCUCUUGCGCAAAAAGGCUUAUUGGUCAUAGAAAGAGGAAUAACUCUUGCACAAAAAACUCUGUCUUCUGACAAUCUACUGUACUUUUUCUUGCGCAAAAAUACACUUGUAGUGUGGACGUGCCUGACAGAAGUUUUCUGCACAACUCUAUAAAGCUCUCUCUCUCUCUCUCACUCUCUCUAGCAGAUAUACCCAGCAUUGCUCCAGUCUGUAAUUGAAGAAAUAUGUUUUAAAUAAAUGAAAAAUGUACAUGC